AAAAAUUUUAACGGGGUAUGUACACUUUUUUAUAUUCAACGUAACACUAGUAGUCUCUUGUCUCAUUUUGAUUUUUCCCGCUUGAAAGAGAUGCUGAUGCAGUGCCCUUGCUUUGUUAUGGUAAAUGGAGAAUGUUUCAAGUUCACUAAUUGGACAAGGAUAUAGGUAACAUCAGUUCAUUAUAUUUACUAAGGAUGCCACUGAAAAUGGUCACAGACAGCAUGGGGGGGAACGAAAUAAAGAUUAACUAGACCUGCGACAAAGUGUACAAUCUAACUGUGUGACACAUUCAUGGAUUGGGGAAUGAGGAACUGGGAGACAGGCUUAACAACUCAAGGUCUUUUUUUUUCUCCUUCACUUUCAUCUUUCAGUGAUUUUAUUUUCCCAUGUGCAUGCGCACAGACGCUACACGUGGGGUGACGCAGCUCUCUCUCUGGUUACUGGCUAUUUGAAAAACACAAGUCACACCUUAGUAGACAGCCAGUAAUUAACCACAGUUGCAAUUCAUCACGUUACCUGCUGGGGACAAUUUUGUCCCCAGCCGUCUGUCUGAUGUGUCAGUCUGCAAAACAGAAGGGAGAGAAAAGUCAGGUGAAUGCAACAGUGGGACCCCACGCAAAACCUCUAACUUGUGCAAAAGCUUGUUAGCAUGACUCCAUCCACUGGACUGGAUCUGGUGCCCCCUUUUUAGUGAGGUCUGUCAGCAGGCUGGUGAUAUCUGAAAAAUUAGGCACAAACCACGUAUAAUAGCCAGUCAGCCUCAGGAACUGCCUCAUCCCCUAUUUGGUCUUGGGUCUCAGACAGGCUGCAAUUGCUGCUGUCUUAUCAAUUUGGGGAUGCACCUGCCCAUGACCCAAGUGAAAGCCCAGAUACUGUACUUCCACUCACCCAAUUGCACACUCCCUCAGGUUUGCUGUGAGUCCCAUGCACCUCGGCGAUCUCAGGAUAGUCCUCAGGUGUUGUAAAUGCCGAUGCUAGUCAUUACUAUAAAUAAUGAUGUCAUCUGAACGGGCAGUGGCAUACACACUGUGGGGAUGGAGGAUUCUGUCCAUGAGACACUGGGGCCCCAAAUGGAAGGGUGAUGAAUUGGUGUAACUCAAAAGAUGUGGAAAAGGCCAUUUUUUUUCCCCACGGGAUAAUGCAGUUAAGGGGAUCUGUCAGUUUCCCUUAGUCAAAUCCAGGGUUGAAUAAAAGUGAGGUGUGCCUAACCAAUUGAGCAGUUCAUCAAUACAAAGCAUCGGACAUGUGUCAAAUUUAGACACCGCAUUAACUUUUUUUCUAGAGUUUACACAGAACCAGACCGUCCCAUCGGUCUUGGGAACUAAGACAACCCGACUGCUCCAGUCGCUCAAUUAUCUCAGUUGCCCCCAUGUUGAGCAUUGCUUUGAAUUCAUCCCAAACCACUUUUUUAUUUUUAUUUAUUCAUUUUUGUGUGCACGUGUGCGUGUAUUCAGGGAGCUGAUAUGGGUGGCUCUGCACCACCACCCUUGGGAAAGUCUCUGUGUGGUGCCCUAUGAGGUUUGUGUGACUGGAAAGAGGCAAAAACACCAUUGCAGAAUUCCUCCUGCAACCUGAUAACCUGUGCUCUUUGACUGUGAGAGGUGGUCUCCAUAAGGGACCGGGGUGAAUUGGGCUGCACUUUUUGGACUUGCCUCCAGUCCCAGCUCCACCCUCUUGGGAACUACCAGAGCCACAGGAACCUCCUCUCUCCAUGGUUUCAGGAAGUUGAGGUAGUAAAUUUGACCAGUAUUUCCCCAUCCGUGUGCUUGACCUCAUAAUUGACUUCCCUGAUUCGCCGUGUGACCUCAAAGAGCCCUUGCCAGUUGGUGAGUAAUUUUGACUCAACAUGGGCAGUAAAAUGAGCACUUUAUCUUCUGGUGCAAAUUCCUUUAGCCGUGUCCCUAUGUUGUCCAGGUGGGAUUGAUGUUCUUGCGCCUGUAGCAAAUUCUCCUGUGUUAUGUGACUCAGUGUGUGGAGUUUUGCUCUCAAGUCAAGAAUGUACUGAAUUUCAUUUUUUUUUUUUUGAGAACGUCCUUCCCAGUUUUCUGUAAUGAUGUCUAAGAUGCCACGAAACUUGCACCCAUAUAACAAUUCAAAUGGGGAAAACCUGGUGGAGGCUUAUGGGACCUUGCCCACUGCAAACAGAGGGUCAAGCCACUUCUCUCAGUUUCUAGCAUCCCUGUGAACAAACUUGCAAAUCAUGUUUUUAAGUGUUUGAUUUAAUCAUUCUAUCAGUCUAUCCUUUUGCGGAUGGUUAAAACUAGUACAAAUUGAUUUAAUCCCCAAUAGUUUGUACAGUCAGCAUAGUGUACAUGACAAAGUAGUGCCUUGAUCAGUCAGGAUUUCUUUUGGAAUCCCGACUCGGAAGCGAAUGCAGAAGAGUGCCUCUGCAAAACUACGUGCAGAGAGAUUGCGGCGAGGCAUUGCUUCCGGGUAUCGUGUUGCAUAAUCCACUAUGAUGAACAUAAGCGAUACCCUCAUGCAGGUUGAUCUAAUAACCUGACUAGAUCCAUGCCAUUUCUCUUGAAGAGGAUCUCUAUUAGAGGUAAUGGGUGCAGUGGCUCUUUUGGAGUAGCUGCUGGAUUCACCAGCUGGCAUUCACGACAAGCCCACUUAUAGACAUCUGUGUGAAUUCCUGGCUGAUCGAAGUGGGUCAUGAGAAGUGCUUGUUUUAUUCUGAUCUAAAUGCCCAGCCCAAGGAUUAUGAUGAGCCACAUGGGAAAAAAAGUUCCCUAUGGCAUUUUGGGACCAACAACUGUGUUGUCUCUUCUUUAUUCUGAGGGUCCUGCACCAUUCAAUAUAGCCUGUCCUUAAUAAUGGCAAGGCAAGUUUAUUUAUAUAGCGCAUUUCAUACACAGUGGCAGUUCAAUGUGCUUUACAGAGGUAAAAGCAAAACAGUAAACAAUAGAAAAUAAAAUUACAUAAAAUAAAGGGGGAAGAAGAGAGAAAGUUCAGUAAAAACAGCAGAAUAAAAUGGAAUAAAAGUUAAGUAAAGUUUAAGACAUGCAAAGACUGUAAAAGUUAAGUAAGGUUUAAAACAUGUAAAGAUGAUGAUAUUUAUCAGUUAGCAGAAAGCAUCUGAAAACAGCCUGGUCUUAAUCUAGAUUUGAAGCUGCCAACAGCAGGAGCAUUUUUAAUGUCCUCUGGGAGUUGGUUCCAUAGCUGUACUGCAUAGUAGCUAAAAGCUGCUUCACCACACUUUGUUUUAACAGGUUUUACCAGUAAAUUUUGCUGCUGCGAUCUGGUAGAUCUGAUUGGGUUAGGCCGCUGCAACAUAUCAGAGAGGUAAUUGGGCCCUGUACCAUUUAGAGAUUUGUACACCAGCAGCAAUACUUUAAAGUCAAUUCUGUAGCUUACUGGAAGCCAGUGAAGGGACCUUAGAAUUGGAGUAAUAUGCUCUGUUCUUUUUGUUCGUGUGAGAACCCUAGCCGCUGCAUUUUGAACCAGCUGAAGUCGUUUGAUGGUCUUUUUUGGCAGGCCUGUGAAAAGGCCAUUGUAGUAAUUAGACCCCGAAGCCGUUUGUUUUCAGGAUAAUGGCUGGCUGAUGAAAUUAUUGGCUGGCUAGCUGACUCAGCUAAAACCUUAAUGGCUGCUGCAGCCACCAAAAUGUUUAUGGCUACAAAUGGCUGAUACUGGACGUCACUGUGUGGCAUAUAUCCGGGCGAACGGAUCAAACAAACGGGGGGAAUAAAUAGCAAAUUACCACAGGUACCCUGGUCUCUUACUUCAUUGUAAAUAUAAAUCUAGCAAGAUUGUAGUUCAAUGCUAAUAAUAAGCUAAUCUGGAUUGUUCGAGGAAGGCAUCUAGCUAUCUACUCUCACUAGCAAUGACCAGUGAAGGACUGGCAGCUAUCUUACUAUGAUGAAAGUAGAGUGGUGGAGUACUUUUUUUUUUUUUUUUUUUUAUCAAUCUCGAAGUAUGUGAAACAAACAAACAAAAAAAUACCUUUACACUUUCCCUCAGCAGCGGCAAAGAAUGCAGCCAUCUCGUCGAUAUCGGAGUCGAUUGAUGCUCUGGGUGGGUUCCCGGGUUCCCCAGUGUAUCGUGGUAACGGUGUGAGGGGCGGGAAGCCAGACAGGUAGUCACAACGGCAAGCUUGUGGUAGCUCUCUGUGCUGUGAUAUCAGUUCUAAAUCUCUACAGUGUAUGCCUAUACAUCUCUAUUGUGUUACUACUAGUGUGUACAGUUGAUCAUGUUUGUGUCACUUUUCUUGUAGCUCAUGAUGUGGAUAAACCCAUUAUUUGAUGUACACAAUUCUUAGUGGCUCAGCCAAAUUUUAUUAGAUAGCGGCUCAAAUUGGCUUACAAAAUUAUUGGCUGGCGGCGGCUCAAAUUCUAAAUGGCGGUUCUGGCGGCGGCUUUGGGGUCAAGUAGUAAUCAAUCCUACUAGAGAUGAAGGCAUGUAUAAGUUUUUCCAGAUCAUUUUUUGACAUAAGUCCUCUUAGUUUGGAAAUGUUUUUUAGGUGAUAAAAUGACGAUUUAGUGAUUGCUUUCAUGUAACUGUCAAAGUUUAGCUCGCUGUCAAUGAAAACACCAAGAUUUUUAACCAUAUCUUUUGUUUUAAUCCCCUUUGUGUCAAGAAUAGUGGUAAUCCUGAGUCUUUCAUCUUUUUUUCCCAAAUAGAAUUACUUCUGUUUUAUCUGUGUUCAGCUGGAGAAAAUUUUGUGACAUCCAGUUGUUGAUUUGGUCGAUACACUGGUAGAGACAUUCAAGGGGGGCAUAAUCAUUAGGUGAUUGAGCAAAAUAAAUUUGGGUGUCAUCUGCAUAGCAGUGAUACAACACUGAGUUGUUCUUGAUAAUUUGUCCAAGUGGGAGCAUAUGAAGGUUGAAUAGUAAUGGUCCAAGGAUCGACCCCUGGGGGACACCACAGGUCAAGGACAUUGAUGUUGAGGUACAAUUUCCCAUGGUAACAAAGAAGCUUCUAUCUUUUAAGUAUGAUUUUAACCAAUUGAUAACUUUACCAGUCAACCCAACCCAGUGUUCAAGUCGAUAUGGCAGUAUGUUGUGAUCAACAGUAUCAAAAGCUGCACGGAGUUCCAGUAACCCCAGGACCGAUGUUUUGCCUGCAUCAGUAUUGAGACAUAUGUCAUUUAUAACUUUAAUGAGCGCUGUUUCAGUGCUAUGAUUAGCACGAAAUCCUGACUGAAAGUUAUCAAAGCAGCUGUUUGAUAUCAAGAAGGCAGUUAAUUGAUUGAAGACAAUUUUUUCAAGGAUUUUCCCGAUGAAUGGUAGAUUUGAUAUUGGCCUGUAGUUGUUCAAUACUGAAGCAUCUAGAUUAUUCUUUUUAAGUAGGGGCUUUACAACAGCUUUUUUCAGGGACGCAGGAAAAAUGCCAGUCUCUAGGGAUGUAUUUGUGAUCUGAAGCACAUCUGUAAUUAUAAGGUGAAGAACAGACUUAAAGUUGGUGGGCAGAAUGUCCAAUUCAGAUGUUGAGGAACUGAGAUUUUGUACAGUUUUUUCAAGAGUCUCAUAAUCAAUCAAACUAAAUUCUGACAUUGUGUUGAAAUUCUCUGUGUCACUGGUGAAGAAGAUGGCAAAGUAUGGGUAGGACAGUGCAACAUGAGGCUGGAGGUUUGACCAUCGAUUACUCUCACUUGGUUGUUGUGAGGUCCCAUCUUGGUGAGGGUGAUGGGAGGGCAGCCCACGGAUGCGGUGAUUCCUGCUGCUGGGGUAUCCUCCAGUGUAACUGGGCUCCGGAACACCUGACAAGCCUCCUAUUGGCCCCUGAGCCGGGCUUGUAAAUGCCGGUCCUGCCCGGUGCACAGGGUGACCAGCUCUUGGUGCUGAGUUUGCUGGGUGACACCGAGGGCGCACAUCAGUUCCCUGAGUGGCGAGGACUCCAUGGCAGCGUUUGUUUCUCAGUCCUGGGUUUUGGCACAGUGUGACACACUCAUGGGUGAAAAGCAAAAAAGUUAAUAUAAAAGUCUGGUUUCUUGCCAAGUGAUGAAAGGUUAAUAUAUUCUCAUUACAUGUAAACUAAAAUGUUUUCAAACUAUUUUGAUGAUUAUUCGUCAGGCGGUAUUUAUUUAUAUUUGGAGGCUACUUUGCAAAAUUUGCCAAGUCUUGUUUUUGGUAAUAUACAAGUUCAGAUAUAAAUUCAUAAAUCUGGACUUGUAAUGUUUGUAGGCUGCUGUUUCAUAGUUAAUUAUGCAGGGGAACUUUGCGCAUAAAAAGAUCCCUGAAACCUUAUGUAGGAAAUUGGUAUAAAAGUAUUACAUCAUUAAUAUGCAAUUAUUAUAUCCAUAAUGGAGCACUUGCAUGUGACGUCACAGCCGAUCCAGAUUGUGACAGACGCCAUCUUGUCGGUCAAACGCCAUAUUCCGCCUUCUACUUCUGGUUCUACUUCUGCUUUUACUUCUACCUUUUCUUCUGGAAAACCCUACUAUAUACAAUUCUACUACAAUGGUUGCGGCUACAAGCUCUCCCUACCUGUGCACGUUUGUUUUUUGUGUGUAUUUUUGCGUGUUGUUCGUCUGUACCGGACUUCAAUAUCCACUACAACCGUAUGGACUUACUGGACAUUGGUUUCCAGCAGAAAAUGACGGUUUGUAGCGAUUUCCAUCGCAUGCACAACAUUCCGGACGAGAAAAAAAAAACAUUCUGGACGAGAUAGCGAGACCAGCGGGGUCUCCGUGGAUUGUUAUCGGAAGCAAAGCGAAGGAGGCGGCGCCAGGAGCGGAAGCAAAAGAGAGACUGCAGAGCCGGCCUGUUGACUAAGCUCAGAAAACAGCCACUCAAACCUCCACUGCUAAGCCUCUACCUCUCCAACGCCAGAUCCAUGUAAACAAGACGGACGAUUUGGAAUUACCUUAUUCUAUUCUAUAAUCGGCUGGUCAGUGUAUCUAGUAUCAGUACUAGUAAUACUUAAGUGACUUACCCAUCCAAUGAGGAUUCUUGUUUACAAGAUGCCACAUCUGAGUCGCUGACAAAUCCUGAAUUUCUGUAAAGAUAACUGUCCAGAGAUUUAUAAGCAUGCAGUGCUUCACCACUGAACAGCGAGGGAAAGUUAAUGAGGUAAUUAUACACGUCUGGGUAUUCCGCUGGCAGUUCAAAAUCCGGUCGUGAAAACUCCGUCCGGUAAGCCAUAAGGGUUACAAAUCUGUAGAUCGUUUAUUUUAGACAUAUAUCUAGUUAUCUGUUCAUUAGAAAAAUGAGCCGUGUAGUCCGUCGGUUGAAAUUGAUCCAUUCUGUACACGAGUGCAGCAGUAUUCAGCGGUGUUUUUGACCGACAAGAUGGCGGUUGUGUACUUUCCGGUCACGUGACUGCAAGAUCUCUAUAGGUGUUAUGUGUGGCACACAACCUUUUUUACUCGGGUCAAAAGCAUGGUUCAUACAUUAGAAUACCCAUUUAACCCUAAAAGGACCUCAACUACUGAGUGGGAUCAGUUCGAACCUCAGAGGUGGUGUGCCGCUCAGUCUAAAGCACUAUUCGCACGGGAUUAGUAUUACCUGUGAACCUCUGGCGAUUUGUAAUAAUUGCAGAUAAUGUCUGAGAUGUUAGUCCCGUGUGAAUGCGCCAUGUCUAUAAUUUGUAAAGUAAUAAUUCCGCCGCAAAUUACCUACUAUAUUUUGUCAAACACAGACGUCCAGUGACAAUACUAGUCCCGUGCGAAUACGCAUGUCCGUGUUUGUUAUUGUAAUUGCGUGCGUUUUAUAUCUUUUCCGGUUACUGUGAGUAGGCUAAUGGAGGCUACGGUUGAAAUUUUCAUGAGUACUGUUUUAGGGGCAAGUGGUAGUCGUGCCCCAUACCACACUACAUGGAAUCUGCUUCCCAAAAACAGCAAGAAAUCCAAGAGGAGAGCUCGGAGAUUUUUGACCUGGAUGACUUGUGUGGCUGCUUUCGGUAAGGAACAUUUUUAAUAUUUCAUAGCUAUAGCCAGGCCAUAUCCUCCAUGGACAUAGCAAUAUUGACGGCUAUCUGAAGUUGUGGCCUAUGACUUUUUGCCUAUCAAUGACGGGCAUUUCUUAUUAAUUCCUAAUAGGUUGGAUACUUGGUGCUAUUUUUAUGCCAACUGUUUUUAAUCCUUAUUUGUUAAUUUAUCCAUAUACUUACUACAGUAAUAUGUCAACACUGCCAACAUGCUUGUACUGAAUUGUUAGCAGACACCUUUACACUACCUACCCAACCUCUUCCUUUCAGCUGAUGUAUGGUACCCUCAAAGAACACCACGGGACAGAGGCCAGUCUUUCUGGGAAAUGGAGGUGCUUGGGAACUUUGUGGAGAAAGACUGGUACCUGAACUUCAGAAUGCCCCAAGAUGCCUUCAGGAAACUGUGUGACCAGCUGCGCCCAUAUGUCAACCCCAAAACCACUAACAUGCUGGCACCAGUACCUUUAGAGAAGAGGGUGGCACUCACCAUUUGCAGGCUUGCUAGUAAUGUGGAGUUUCACGACGUUGCCAACCUGUUUGGUAUUGGGACCAGCACAGCCUGCAACAUCAUCUGGCAGGUGUGCGAGGCGCUGAGCGAACUCAGGAAGAUUUAUGUGAAGAGGCCAAAAUCUGUCCCAGAACUCACAUCACACAUUGCUGGUUUUGAGAGGAAGACAGGAUUCCCCAUGUGUGUUGGUGCUUUGGAUGGCACACAUAUUCCAAUCAUUGCCCCACAAAGCUAUCCUCCUGAUUACUACAACAGAAAAGGGUGGUAUAGUGUUGUACUACAAGGGCUUGUAGACCACACCUACAAGUUCAUGGACUUUGAUGUUGGGUGGCCUGGAAAGUGCCAUGACGCAUAUGUUUGAGUGCUCCCGUCUGUGCCGCAAGCUGGAGGAUGGCACCUUUUUCCCUCCAGUCACCAGGACCAUCCAAGGGGUCAACAUACCUGCCCUGAUUGUAGCAGAUUCUGCGUACAGCUUAACCAGCAACAUUAUGAAGCCAUUCCCAGAUGGAGUAAGGGGACCAAGAGCAGCCUACAAUGCUUGCCUAAGCCACGCACGCAUACACGUGGAACAUGCAUUUGGUUGUCUCAAGGGUCGCUGGCGAUGCAUAAUGAAGAGGUAUGAUUCCGAAACCAAAAGAGUGAAACACGUUGUAGCUGCUUGUAUAGUGUUGCACAACUUUUGUGAGAUGCAGAUUGUUGCUUACCAGGAAACCCAGGAAGAAAUGUUUGAGCAGCCAGAGGCAGGACCACAGCAGCAGGGUGCACUUGAUGACUUCUCCCCAGCAGAGCGCAUACGAGAAGCAUUGGCCAGCUGUCUCCCUGCGUUCCUCCUGGACCCCCCAGUUGGAGGCCAUGUGAUUGAUGCCUGUGCAGCUCCUGGGAAUAAAACCAGCCAUCUGGCAGCCAUUAUGAAGAAUAAAGGCAAACUUUUUGCUUUCGACAUUGAUACAAAGCGACUCUCUACCAUGAGCACUCUCCUCCUUCGUGCUGGAGUCACAUGCCAUCAGUUGGCCAAUGAGGAUUUUCUGAAGGUGGAUCCACUUUCCCCAGCAUACAAGGAUGUGAAGCACAUCCUUCUUGAUCCAUCAUGCAGUGGUUCAGGAAUGGUGUGUCUGCAUGAUGGUGGCUCAGAAGAUCAGGAGCAGGACCCUGAGCGUCUGAAAGCACUAGCUGCAUUUCAGCUGCACUGCCUGAACCAUGCACUGAAGUUCCCAAAGCUCCAGCGCCUUGUCUACUCCACCUGCUCCAUCCAUCCACAGGAGAAUGAGGAAGUCGUGUCUGUCUGUCUUGAGAAAAAUCCUGAUUUUAGACUAAUUCAUCUUCUUCCUGAGUGGCCUGAACGGGGUCAUGACCCACUGACGCAGUGUCUCAGAGCCAGCACUACAAAAACCUUCACUCACGGCUUCUUCGUAGCCAUGCUGGAAAGGCAGGCUACUCCAAAGAGGGAAAGCCUUGAUGAACAGCCGCCUUCCAUAAGUGAGUCUUCUGAUGAAGAGGAGCCAAUAGAAGUAUCUGUGGACGAACAACUUCAGCCUCCUACAGCAAAGAAAAGGCGAAGGAAUAGAAAGAAAUCCAAAAAGCAGACAUCUUAAAAUGUUCACUUUUAUAACCAUUGAAUUUUUUUAGUGUCUCAUAAAACCUGUUUAAAAAGUC